CGAUUAUCUAGGGUGCCUGCCUCAUUUCUAUUUGGUUUGGUUUGGUUUGGUUUCAACUGAUAGCCAACUAAGAAAUACUCAGCCUUGACCAAAGGUAGAGGAGGGAUUUGAUUGCCAGAGUAAAGAUAGGAAAAGCCAGAUCAUUAUUUCAAUUUGAUGCCAACAUAAUUGAGUAACCUGAUGCCACGUUCCUGAAAUUGGCUUUAUCAGCAAGCAGACUUUUCUAGUGAGUUUGAGCACCUGAGCGGACUGAAGGAAAGCAGAACUGCUCGGUCGCGGGUGAGAUCUGACUUCAUUCAUCUCCCUGGAACACGCUGCUGUGAUGAAGAUUGAAUUCCUCUCUUAAACGUCUGGAUUUUUUUUUUUUAACCAGUGGAAACUUUUUCUACCUAGUGGUCAAUGGCUUAAUUUGAACAAGCGUUGCUGUGGCUUUGGUUCCGCUGUACUUUUGGAAGCUUGGGUCUGAAGGAUACAGGUCUUUUUGUGAUGACAAUAUGACCCACAGUAAAGGAAGACCUGUCACUUACAAGACAAGUGCCAGUCCAGAGAGCGGAGGAGGUUUUGUAGAUUGGACUUUAAAUUUAAAUACAAUUCAAUCUGACAAGUUUUUGAACUUACUUUUAAGCAUGGUGCCAGUCAUUUACCAGAAAAAUCAGGAAGACAGGCAUAAAAAAGUAAAUGGCAUCUGGCAGGAUGGGCUGUCAGGUUCAGCACAGACCUUCAGCAAGAGAUCGGAGCCACAUCUGGACUACCACGAGUUCUCAGAGCAAGCCUUCCACAGCAGCAGCAGUGGACACACUCCAGCCAGCUGCAGCCCCAAGUACGACGACUAUGCUGGCUAUAACUACUGUGACGGGAGGGAGGCUUCGGAAACCACUGCCAUGUUACAGGACGAAGAUCUGUCCAGCGAGGGCGAUGAUGUUAUUGUGGAAACAAGCCAGAGGAUUCCGAAGGAGUCCAGUGGGGUCAUGGCUCUGCAGAUAUUGGUGCCAUUCUUGCUGGCUGGGUUUGGAACGGUUUCUGCUGGCAUGGUUUUGGACAUAGUGCAGCACUGGGAGGUGUUCAAAAAUGUGACAGAAGUCUUCAUUUUGGUCCCCGCGCUUCUUGGUCUUAAAGGAAACUUGGAAAUGACGCUGGCUUCUCGAUUAUCCACUGCAGUAAAUGUUGGGAAGAUGGACUCACCCAUUGAGAAGUGGAAUCUAAUCAUUGGCAACUUGGCUUUAAAACAGGUUCAGGCCACAGUGGUUGGCUUUUUAGCAGCUGUGGCAGCCAUCAUACUGGGCUGGAUUCCAGAAGGGAAGUAUUACCUCAGCCAUUCCAUCCUUCUGUGCUCCAGCAGUGUGGCAACGGCCUUCAUCGCAUCUCUACUGCAGGGAAUAAUAAUGGUUGGUGUUAUCGUUGGCUCCAAGAAGACAGGCAUCAACCCUGACAACGUGGCCACACCCAUUGCUGCUAGUUUUGGUGAUCUAAUAACUCUCGCCAUACUAGCUUGGAUAAGUCAGGGUUUGUACUCCUGUCUUGAGACAUAUUAUUACAUUUCCCCAUUAGUGUGUGCCUUUUUCUUGGCUCUGACUCCUAUCUGGAUUAUAAUAGCGGCCAAGCACCCAGCUACCAGGACAGUGCUCCACUCAGGCUGGGAGCCUGUCAUAACAGCCAUGGUUAUAAGCAGCAUCGGGGGCCUUAUUCUGGACACAACUGUAUCUGACCCAAACUUGGUUGGGAUUGUUGUUUACACGCCAGUUAUCAACGGGAUCGGCGGCAAUUUGGUGGCCAUUCAGGCUAGCAGGAUUUCUACCUACCUCCAUUUACAUAGCAUCCCCGGAGAACUACCUGAGGAGCCCAGAGGCUGUUCCUACCCAUUUAGAACAUUUUUUGGUUCAGGAGUAAACAAUAAGUCUGCCCAGGUUCUCCUGCUCUUCGUGAUCCCGGGCCACUUGAUCUUCCUCUACACAAUUCACCUGAUGAAGAGUGGCCACACCUCUCUGACUGUAGUCUUUGUUGUUGUGUACCUGUUUGCUGCUGUGCUGCAGGUGUUCACCCUGCUGUGGAUCGCCGACUGGAUGGUCCAUCGCUUCUGGAGAAAAGGAAAGGACCCAGACAGUUUCUCCAUCCCGUACCUCACGGCGCUGGGCGAUCUGCUUGGGACUGCUCUGCUGGCCCUAAGCUUCCAUUUUCUCUGGCUCAUUGGAGACCGAGAUGGAGACGUUGGAGACUAAUGGGACCUAGAAGCUGUCGUGGGGUCACACAGGGGAAGGAUAUAGGCAGCCAUUGCUGCCCCUCCCCAAAGCUCUUCAUCUGUCCUGUAACUUAUGCCAGGGUAGUCUGCAGUUCACCCUGACUCCGUAAAUGGCCUUAAUGUACUUUUUAAGGAAUUUGUGCCGAAACCACAAUGAAUGGUAUUUGUGCUGCUUUUUGUAGAAUAAAUAAUUUGACACAGACAUAGAUACAAGCUCACAUUCUAAAGUUAAUUAGGAAAGAAUUUAGGAUGUUUACAAUGAGUUAAUUUUGAAACCACAGACCUAGCAGAAAUAGACUUUAUUAUUAAGUUAUAAUGCACAGUAAGAGGCAAGGGAGAGUUAGCCUUCUCUGUCUUACAGCUGUGUCACACUACAGAGUGCCAUGACUGAUGUGACGGGGGCCAGCUGAGCGUCCCUAAGUGUUCAUUAGGCCUUCUUCCCUGGGAGCUAAGGUUACCAGUUACUUAACUCACAAUACUCCUCCCACUGAACAUAACAACCAGCUCACUUUUACCCAUAUCUAAAACUGCCCCGUGCCAACGUUCAUCUCUGCUCUGCGAGUUCUCAACAACUAACCCUUUAGUAGAUUUGUUUAUCCUUUCGUGGAGACAGGGCUCGCUGUGUUGUCCCUGCAGGCCUUUCACUUGCAGUCCCCCUUGCUUUGGCUCCCUCCUCCUGGUGCUAAAAGCACUGAGCUGUCUCGCUCAUCCUGUGUUGAAAAAGGUUGAUCAGAUUUAGAAAACCGUGAUUAAAGCAGAAGAUGUGCUGAGCUGUGUUUGUGGGCCCAAGAUGGAGUGCGUGCGUGUGCGUGUGCGUGUGCACAUGCGUGAGGGACAGCCCCGAGAAAGACAGAGACAAAGUCAUUUCUUUUAAAAAAUAAGUACCAUUUAAUAUAAUGCAGACCUAAGAUCUGGGACAUGCAGGUGGUCCUGUUGCCCUUUAAGGCGCCCUGCCGGUUGGAUGUCCCAAGUUGGCGGCUUACCUCAGCAUCCACUGCAUCACGGCUCCAUCUGCUGGGACUGCCUCAUGUACGUGGCUGUACUCCUCAGAUGUCUUUCUGAACGUAAGCACCUAACCCCUGACUAUUCAGUAGUAAGCACUUUAAAAUUGCCGUGCAAUCGUUCAAGGCCGUUAAAUAUUUAAUAAUUUAAACUGCUGAGGGCAUGGACUCCACAUGACGUUGAUUGUCAUGGCUAGGUUGUGCUGGUGAAUAACUAGCAGGUAGCUUGUAAAUAUACUGAGGAAGUUUCUCACUAAAUCUUUAUGGAGGCUGUGGUUUAGAGUUGUAUAUUUUUGCUUAUUUUUAAACUUCGUUCAAUUCUCCUGCCUUAUAAUCAAACGUUUAAGGCAUAGAACGGAAUGAAUUACAGGAUCUCUCCUUUGGAGAGUUAGUGUCACAGAGUGACCAUUCUGACAAAAUAAGCAUAAAGUUUAAGUUGAUGAAUAAAUAUUUAGUUGCAAAGAUUAUUUUAUUUAAAAAUUAAUGAAUACUACCUUUCAUUUUAUUAUAAAAGCAUUUGUGAAUUUGGGUUUUGCAUUUGGCUGUACAUUCUUUUGGUUUUUGUUUUGUUUUGUUUUGGAGACAGAGUCUUGCCCAGGCUAGGCUUAAACUUCAGAUCCACCUGCCUUAGCCUAUUGGGAUUCAUUUUCUUUAACUCACAAAAAGUAUGCAGAGUGAGCCCCAGUGUUAGCCUGGCUGACAGAGUUAGGCAUAAUCCUAAGCACGGGAAGAUGUGUGAGUUACCGUGUGUGGGGCUGACAGGCUCACCUGGCAGGUGGGUUGAAUGGAGACUCCUGUCUGUGUUUUAUCAAGGGGGCCCUGGAAAUACAGAGGAGUGACAUUUGUAAGAUUUCACAGCUAUGCAGUGAGCAGACUCUUCACAAGUGUGUCCCACCCCCAGAUGUGCAAAGGGUCUACCUAGUUAGCUGAGAAAAAGCCCAAUCAAGUGUUACUAGUCUUUUAGAUUGGCAACAGGGAAAUCUCCACCUAGUGUGGACCAACUGUGAACUAUCCCCGUUCCUAAGGUCAGAGAGACUGUAUAUGAAUAUUUACCUUAUAAAAUAUUUUUUAUUUUAUAAUGAAGACUUUUAGACUAAAGAACAAUGCCUCGAUUCUUCAGGCGUCCAAGAGCCAGCCCUCUUCCUAGAUCUACUAUGUCAGGCAGGAUAGCAGGAGGCUUUAUCGGAACAGCAAAAUAUCUAAGACACAUGUAGUGGGCAGAAAUAGACUCGGACUGAAUGCAUUGUGAAGGGAUAUGCACUGUUAAUUACAGACCUUUGAAAGUCUCUGUGUAAGUAUGUAAGUUUUAUUUAUUCAUAAAAUGGUAAAUGAACAAUAUUUUUAUACCACACAAACCCUGCUUUCCAAAACUGGUUUUCCACUAACUUACCAGGCACAUUAUACACACAGCCAAAAAAAGAUCAUAUUUUUUUAAUUCUUGACCAUCCACUUAUUUUGACAUUUCCAAACAAAGUUUCUUAGAAGCUAGUAAGAUAGAAACACACAGGGGCGUGUCUUCUGGGGAUGUCAGGAAGCGUUGCAUCAGAGAUUGUCUGUGAUGUAGCCAAAUGCAUCUUGUAAAAGUCUGUCAGUGGUGGGGUAUGCCUACCUUCCCUGUUUCUGAAGUAUAGUUUGCCCACUAGUAGUGGGCUCUGGCACCUUGGGAUCUCUGUAAACCCAAAUCAAAAUAAAAAUUGAGAAGCA